CACAAAGAGGGAGCAAGGAAACACUGUGCUUUCAAAAUGACCAGCGUCUAUAAAGGAGUCAUUCAAGGACAACGAGAAAUUUCAGAGAUUUGAUAAUGGAUGACAGCCCGCUAAAAAGCCUGAAGACAACCUUAAGAUGCACACUCAUGGGAAAAAAGCUCUGAGUCUGUCCACAGCGCACUGAUAAAGGAGAGGUCCAGCGUAAGCAUCCCAGCACACAGUCACAAAGUCGACAGAACUGCUGCGAGUCUCGCAACUCCCAACCUUUGGCUCCAGCUGUGAUUCGGAUCCUAUUUCUGCCUCUGAACUAAGCACACACUCAAGGAUACGUGCUGGGGACCUGACUGGAGAGGUGAACAAAACGACACUUGUUGCUCGUCUGGUCAGGUAAACCUCCUGUCGCAGCCAGAGGUGCUCAGUGGAGUCGGGUGCGCACAUGGCACCCAAAACGCGCUCCUCACACUCCUGACAGUCGCGCUAUUAAUAUGGAGCUACACACUGGAUAAGGAGGCCUACCUUCUGAAUGGGUGCUUAACCUACUUCACACCAAACCUUGUCUGUUAAAGCCGCCCCCCCCCCCUCCUCAAAUCUUAUAUUUUUGGGAACUUUUCGUGGGUAAAGAAAGCGUCGAGUCAUGUUGGGUUUAAACAGGAUUCUGAGCCUCCGGGCUGCCCGGAUUCGGAGCUGUGGUUCACCGGGAGUCAAACUCUCACACCGGCCCUCUUCAUGCCAAACCCCCGGUGCCAGUUCGAGGAUGUACUGCGCGUGUCUGUUCCUGCUGCUGGUGACGCCUCGGGUGGACUCUUCAUGGUGGUACAUUGGUGCGCUGGGGGCUCGUGUGAUCUGCGACAACAUCCCAGGCUUGGUGAAUAAGCAGCGGCAACUCUGUCAGCGCCACCCAGACAUUAUGCAGGCCAUCGGCGAGGGCACCAAAGAGUGGAUCAGAGAGUGCCAACACCAAUUCAGACACCACCGCUGGAACUGUAGCACACUGGACCGUGACCACACUGUGUUCGGACGUGUCUUGCUACGGAGUAAGUCAAUGGGCAGUCGUGAAGCAGCAUUCGUCUACGCCAUCUCCUCAGCAGGAGUGGUGUAUGCGCUUACUCGCGCCUGCAGCCAGGGGGAGCUGAAAAUGUGUAACUGUGACCCGCACAAGCGGGGACGGGCUAGCGAUGAGAGAGGAGAGUUUGACUGGGGUGGCUGUAGUGAUAACAUCAACUAUGGGAUAAAGUUUGCCAAAGCCUUCAUAGAUGCCAAAGAGAGGACAGUCCGAGAUGCACGGGCACUCAUGAACCUACAUAACAACCGCUGUGGCAGAACAGCAGUGAAGCGGUUCAUGAAGCUGGAGUGUAAAUGCCAUGGUGUGAGCGGCUCUUGCACACUGCGGACAUGUUGGAUGGCCAUGUCAGACUUCAGGAAGACCGGUGACUACCUGAGGAGGAAAUACAACGGGGCCAUCGAGGUGACGAUGAAUCAGGAUGGGACAGGCUUCGCCGUAGCUAACAAAGCCUUCAGGAAGGCCACCAAGAACGACCUGGUCUACUUUGAGAACUCUCCGGAUUACUGCCUACAAGACAAAACAGCAGGCUCCCUGGGCACGGCUGGGCGGGUCUGCAAUAAGACAUCACGCGGCACGGAUGGCUGUGAGGUCAUGUGCUGUGGGCGUGGCUACGACACCACGAGAGUCAAGCAAAUCACUAAGUGCGAGUGCAAGUUCAAAUGGUGCUGCGCCGUGGAGUGUAAGGACUGUGAGGAAGCUGUGGACAUACACACGUGCAAAGCUCCCAAGCGAGCUGAAUGGUUGGAUCAGACCUGAGGACGCGCCCCCUCUGCCCCCUCUAAUGCAAACCCACCCCUUUCCCCUUUUCGGGACAUCCUGUGGAACAUGGCCUUCUGGGAAAGUUUGUCCGAAAGUGCUCUGCAUCUCUGCCCUCCCCUGCCCCAACCUCGGUUCAUCAUUGCAUGGCUUUUCUAGCUGUCUUUGUGAAUGCACUAUAGUUCAGUACCCAUCAAUAUGAAUUAACACCCAUUAGCCCCUUUUUGUGAAUGGCCCUGUGACUGAACUGCUGGGAUCAUAUGAACGGUGAAACCAGUGAACACUUUGGGGUUACGGUGGAUUGGACUUGUAUGGAAGAUUUAGUCCAGAAGGCCUUUUUUUCUAGCGAGUGGUACUGGGUUAAAAUGGUUUGUUGCUUUCCUGAUGCUUUAAAGACCCGUUUUUACAUUAACUGAGCCUCAAAACGUAUCCAGUAUUAUUACAACAUCAUAUACUCACAUUAUGUUCUUUUUUUGGGAGGAAAAUAAACUUUUAUCCACCAAAUACUCGGUUGGACUUUGGGAAGUAGCUUGACAAGUGCACUUUGAGAAGUGGACAUCGAAGCAUACGUUUGGCCCUGUGUGGCCCAACAGAAGUCCAGGCAGAGGACUACCAGAGGACAGGAAGAUGGACACUAGAUGAAUAAAUGGACAGAUGCAUCAUUGGGACUUUGAAUGCAACUGUAAAAAAAAAAAAAGACAAAAAAGCUGUUAAAGUGAUUUAUUUAAAAUGUAAAGUGUUGUUUCAUUUCUCAUCUGCGGAUGAGACUGCACUACAUUGGCUGACACGAGGAAAGCGAAGAGCACUCCAAUUAUUAUGAUUAUACAGUGUACUCUAGUUUUCAGUGUGUAAAAUGACAAACUGCCACCACAACAUCAGACAAAUUUCACGUCUCUGCUCUCCAGCUUGCUUGUAUAACAUUGUGUAUAUUGCCUUAUCAAAACAGAUGUUCAUAUGAAAUAUAUGGUGCAUUACUAUGA